UGCCGCACGUGCUAUCUGCCCAGCCAAAUACGUUCGAAGUUCUGGGGAUUGGGCAUUAUCCAAAAUUGAUCCAGGAACGGCAAUACUGAUAGUUGAAAUAUCUUUUUUCGUAAAAUGUUCCUCAAUAAGUUUUAUUUUUCCAUUGCUUAAGUUUUGUUUAUUUUCUUCUUUCUUCAAUUUUUUUGCUAACCUCUCUGCCCGCCAUUUUUUUCGUUGUUCUUUAUAAAUACGAUUAGUUUCUUUCAAACUUUUUGAUGGUAAAAUAGCUGAUGACAUGAUUUUUCAAUUCUUCGAAAAGAUUUUAAUUAAAAUUACAGGAUAUUUAUCAUUUUUUACAAACGUAUUCUUUAAUUUAACCACACUUUCUUACAUAUAACAAAAAUGUUGGAGAACUGUUUGAAUUAGUAAGACUAAUUUCAACUGAUUUCAUUUGCUAGUUGUUUACGUGGUGUUCUUUAAAUAGUUGCAUCAACCAUAUUUCAAAUUUGUAAAAGAAUUAUCAAUUUUUGUAAAAUUAUGACUACGGAAGAAGGUUUUGAACAGUUUGAAGAUGAAGAAGCAGAAAUUCCGAUCGGUGGAACUUUACCAGGCGGUAGAAAACGUUUGUUUUCAAAAGAAUUACGCUGUAUGAUGUAUGGUUUUGGAGAUGAUCAAAAUCCUUAUACAGAGAGUGUCGACCUAUUAGAAGAUCUAGUUAUUGAAUUUAUUACUGAAAUGACGCACAGAGCUAUGGAAAUUGGACGUACUGGUCGUGUCCAAGUGGAAGAUAUAGUAUUCUUAGUUAGGAAAGAUCCAAGGAAAUAUGCAAGAGUGAAAGAUCUUCUAACAAUGAAUGAAGAAUUGAAGAAAGCUAGAAAAGCGUUUGACGAAGUUAAAUAUGCAGAAUAACAUCAUUGAUUCCUACUCCUUGGUAUGAAGAACCACACAACCCUAAAGGAAUUUUAUGCGUGGAUAUAUAAUUGUGGAUGUGGGUUAAGCGUUGCAUGUGACCUACUAAAUGCUGCGGAAUACAGUCCUUCAAAAUGGAAACAUUGAAU